AUGGAGUUGUGCGACAGGGGCUCCCUGCAGGACGCCAUCGAUCAGGGCUGGCUCCGCAGCCGUCACCGCCCCGCCGCGUCCCCGGCGCGCGUCGCGGCGACCGCGCUGGAGGUCGCGCGCGGCAUGCGCGAGCUGCACAGGGCGGGCGUGCUGCACGGAGACCUCCAGGGCGACAGCGUCCUCUUGUCAUCCCACGGCCCGGGCGCGUCCGUCGCCGGCAGGGGCUUUGUCGCGCGCGUCGCAGACUUUGGCUUCUCCCGCGUGACGCGCUACGGGGAGGACCUGCUGCAGAGCAACGCGUACGGCGUCGUCGGCUACACCGCCCCUGAGGUGCUGCAGACCGCAGCUGCAGUCAGCAAGGCCGCUGACGUGUACUCUUUCGGCGUGCUGCUCUGGUCGAUGUGGACCGGGUCGCGCCCCUGGGCGGGCAUGACGUCAUCGGCCGUCAUCGACGCGGUGGCCAGGCAGCGGCGCUCGCUGGUGUUCCCAGAGGAUGCCCCCAGCGAGAUUGCGGACCUGGGCCGUGCAUGCAUGCGCCCUGACGCCGGGUCCCGCCCCAGCUUUGGCGCCGCAGAGGCGAAGCUCGCGGCCUUCCUCGCAGGGCUGCACCACAACCAUUUCGAGGACUUGUGA